GCAUUUUCAACUUCAGGGUAUUGCAACAUUUGUUGUCUUCGACAAGGAUUGGAUAAUUGGUUCAAAUCUUUUCCUUUCCUUUUCUUAUUUUCUUGGAAAAUUUGAUGUGACGCCAUUCAUUUCUCAUUAUUUUGUGAAGUUCUGCAUCUGGGUCUCUCACGAUUGGUUGCCUGUCCAAUGAAUUGGAUAAUUUGGUCCACAAGUUUCUUCUACUUUAUUGAUGAUUUUCUUAUAAAGCUGUAAAUAAUGGAACAAAUUGGUUGUCUUCAUUUUAGAUCUGUUCUAAAAUUUUAAAACUUGUGAAUUUAUUUAGGCAUUUACAACUGUGUGAUUAUUAAAUCUGUUGGUUCUCUCUUUUUCUUUCUUUUUUUUUUUUAAAUUUUUAUUUAUUUUUUCAACUAAACAUCAAUUGCACACUAUAUUUUCUUGGAUUUGGUUUUCAAUACAUGUGCCUUUUUCUUUUUUCUUUUUUUGGUUCAUUUGAUAUAUUCUAGGAUUGUAGUUUCAUAAAUGCCUGUUUGUUUCCCAAGAAAUGAACUGAUUAGGAAAUGGGGAAGAAUGGGAGCUGGAUUUCUGCAGUGAAGAAGGCUCUCAGUCCGGACUCCAAGGCUAAGAAAGACAAGAAAACCCAUAAAUCGAAGAACAAAUGGAUUGGGAAACGCAAGAGCCCCUAUCCGGGCUCUCCACCUAAAGAAACUGUAUUGGCCAUAACUCCAAUAGAGGAUGUGAAAUUAACAGAAGCCGAAAAUGAGCAAAACAAACAUGCUUAUUCUGUUGCCAUUGCCACUGCCGUGGCUGCUGAGGCAGCUGUUGCAGCCGCUCAGGCUGCUGCUGAGAUUGUUCGGCUCACAGCCAAAGCCCGUUACUCUGGCAAAUCGAAGGAGGAAGUUGCUGCAAUCAAGAUUCAAACAGCGUUCCGAGGAUAUUUGGUAUUAUUAUUCUCUCCCAUAAAAUGCCCAUUUUUGUCUAAUUUAGUUCAUGAAGUACGCAUUUUGUAAAUGUUUUCUUCUUUUGUUUGCUUUGUCAUUCUUUCUUAAUAUGCUGUUUUUUGUUUUGAGAAAAUGCCAAAUGUGCUUUUAUGACAUUUGUUGGAUUUGACAUCAUUUUACACUCGUGUAUGGUUAAAAUCUGGCCUGUAGCUCUAGCCA